UCAGCGGCUACCGCCCGCUCUUCCCGCUUGGCCCGCCUCCCGGUCGGACGCAGGCUCCUCCUCAGCGCUCGCGCCUCUCCCUCCUCCUUCUCCAGUUAAUCGCCCCGCGGCGUUCGCGGAGAAGUUCUGGGCAAAGUAUUGGGAACCGGCCGCACGACUCCGGUGUGAGCUAGCCGGGACAGAGGAAGAAGAGCCUAGCGCAAGGCCGCCAGUGCACAGCGCAGGAUCUGGCCCCGGUCCGUCUGCGGGUGACCUUCCCCGCCCUCCUUUUUUGCGGCUUGUGCGGGAACUGUCAGCAGGGCUUUGCACGGGAACCGGAGAAGCCGGGUUUGCCUGAUCUCCGGUCUUUGCGCGAAGCCGCGAGCUGGGCACCGGGGAACUAGGCGGCGUCCGCCGGCUGCAAAGCGCGCAGGAGUUCCCUCUGGGUCACCCAAAAUGCCUUUAAAGUGUAUUGGCUAAUUGCUGAUCCACCCACCGGUGUGGGACAUCCAUCCUCUGGCUCCAGGCUGCUGCUGCCGUUUUGACUGUAUCCAAUGCCGAGUGACCAUCUGCUCAUGAUGAGUGACGAGAAGAACCUGGGGGUGUCCCAGAGACUGGUCUCCCCUUCAAGGAGCACCAGUAGCUGCUCCUCCAAGCAAGGAAGUCGACAGGACAGCUGGGAAGUGGUGGAAGGACUGAGGGGAGAAGUGAAUUACACCCAGGAGCCAUCAAUUCAGAAAGGAUUUCUGCUGAAAAAGAGGAAAUGGCCCUUAAAAGGCUGGCACAAGAGAUUCUUCUAUUUGGACAAAGGAAUCUUGAAAUAUGCAAAGAGCCAAACUGAUAUAGAGAGGGAAAAGCUGCAUGGCUGCAUUGAUGUUGGGCUCUCGGUGAUGUCUGUAAAGAAGUCAUCAAAAUGCAUAGACCUCGAUACCGAGGAGCACAUCUACCAUCUGAAGGUGAAGUCAGAAGAAGUCUUCGAUGAGUGGGUAUCCAAGCUCCGCCACCACAGAAUGUAUCGUCAAAAUGAAAUUGCCAUGUUUCCACAUGAAGUUAAUCAUUUUUACUCAGGGCCCUCCGUCACAGACUCCGCAUCUGGGGUAUUUGACUCCAUUUCAAGUAGGAGGCGUAGCAGUGUAUCACAGCAGAAUUCAUUUCACACUGGAAGCAAUUUGUCAUUUUCUUGUGGUGGUGAGACACGAGUUCCAUUAUGGUUGCAGUCGUCAGAGGAAAUGGAAAAAUGCUCAAAAGACCUGGUGCACUGUCAUACCUACCUGGUGGAAAUGAGCCAGCUCCUACAAAGUAUGGAGGUCCUGCAUCGGACGUAUUCGGCACCAGCUAUCAACGCCAUCCAGGGUGGAGCUUUUGAAAGUCCCAAAAAGGAAAAAAGAUCGCACAGGAGGUGGCGGUCCAGAGCUAUUGGCAAAGAUGCUAAAGGAACGCUGCAGGUCCCUAAACCUUAUUCUGGCUCAGUAAGACUACACUCUUCCAAUCCUAAUUUGUCAACACUGGAUUUUGGAGAAGAGAAAAAUUAUUCUGAUGGCUCUGAAACCUCAUCAGAGUUUUCUAAAAUGCAAGAAGAUCUGUGUCAUAUUGCCCAUAAAGUUUACUUCACUUUAAGGUCAGCUUUUAAUACCAUCUCAACGGAGAGAGAGAAGCUGAAGCAGCUGAUGGAGCAGGAUGUUGUCCCCGUCCCGUCCAGCCAGGCCGUUGGUCUGAAGCAUGCCCUCUCCUCCGCCCUAGCACAAAACACAGAUCUUAAAGAACGCUUACGCAGAAUCCAUGCCGAGUCUCUGCUCCUCGACCCCCCCACUGUCGCCAAGUCGGGCGACAGCCUGGCAGAGGAAAAUGCCAGGGAUGAAAACCGUGCUCUGGUUCAUCAACUUUCCAAUGAAAGUAGACUCUCCAUUACUGACUCCCUUUCAGAGUUUUUUGACGCACAAGAAGUUCUCUUAUCUCCCAGCUCUUCAGAAAAUGAGAUUUCUGACGACGAUUCAUAUGUCAGUGACAUAAGUGAUAACCUUUCCUUAGACAAUCUCAGUAAUGAUUUAGAUAAUGAGAGACAGACCUUGGGACCUGUUCUUGAAAGCUGUGGAGGUGCAAAGUCCAAAAGGAGAACUUGCUUGCCGGCACCCGGCCCCAACACCAGUAACAUCAGCUUGUGGAACAUCCUAAGAAAUAACAUAGGGAAGGAUCUGUCCAAAGUGUCGAUGCCGGUGGAGUUAAACGAGCCGCUGAACACGCUGCAGCGGCUCUGCGAGGAGCUGGAGUACAGCGAGCUCCUGGACAAGGCGGCGCGGAUCCCCGACGCGCGGGAAAGGAUGGUGUAUGUGGCAGCCUUUGCAGUGUCAGCAUAUGCAUCUAGCUACUUCCGCGCUGGGAGCAAGCCAUUUAAUCCAGUCCUUGGAGAAACAUAUGAGUGUAUACGUGAGGACAAGGGCGUCCAGUUUUUUUCAGAACAGGUCAGCCAUCAUCCACCUAUCUCUGCAUGUCACGCUGAGUCUGGAAAUUUUGUUUUCUGGCAAGAUGUAAGAUGGAAAAACAAAUUCUGGGGUAAAUCCAUGGAAAUUGUUCCAGUUGGCACAACCCAUGUGACUCUGCCAGUUUUUGGAGACCAUUUUGAGUGGAACAAAGUGACCUCUUGCAUCCAUAACAUCCUAAGCGGGCAGAGGUGGAUUGAGCACUAUGGAGAGAUAGUCAUCAAGAACCUGCAUGACGAUUCCUGCCACUGCAAAGUGAAUUUUAUAAAGGCAAAAUACUGGAGCACUAACUCCCAUGAGAUUGAAGGCACGGUAUUUGACAAGGAUGGAAAGGCAGUGCAUCGGCUGUUUGGGAAAUGGCAUGAAAGCAUCUACUGUGGUGGCUCCUCCUCAUCCAUGUGCAUCUGGAGAGCAAAUCCCAUGCCUAAAGGCUAUGAGCAAUAUUAUGGCUUCACACAGUUUGCGCUAGAAUUAAAUGAAAUGGAUCCGUUGUCAAAGUCUUUAUUACCACCUACUGAUACUCGAUUUAGACCAGACCAAAGGUUUCUAGAAGAAGGGAACUUAGAAGAAGCUGAAGCACAAAAGCAGAGGAUUGAACAGCUUCAGAGAGAGAGGCGGCGAGUUUUAGAAGAAAAUAACGUGGAGCACCAGCCUCGGUUUUUCAGGAAAUCCAGUGAAGACUCUUGGGUGAGCAACGGCACCUAUUUGGAACUUAGAAAAGAUGUUGGUUUUUCAAAACUGGACCAUCCUGUCUUGUGGUGAAAAGGAAAGAAGAAAGAUACAUUUUUUACUUCUCCAUGUGUGGUUUCUGAAGCAGCACAAACCUAUGCUUGUUUAUUGAAAAGAUACUAUCUUAGAAUGAGUAAUCACUUGUGCUUAUCUUAGCAUUCUAAGUAUUUAAGUAUGUAUUUUCUUCAGUGGGUUUCUUUACAAUUGCAGAUGCUGUCAUGAUCAUUUAUAUGAAUGUAGCACAUCUUGAUAUUUCUUUUUAUAUAUGAACUAUUUAAUAAAAAUGAAAGAUUGAAUGUUAAAUAUGUGGGUUAAAAAGGAAGCUUUAACACUAAUUUUCCAAAGGUUAUGGAAAUACAAAUUAAAUGUAUGCCUUAUAGAAUUAAUGUUGGAGGGGGAAAAAAGCAACCUCUCCCAGGUGCAUUAAGAAAUAAGUGGAAUACCCAGGGUUACUCAAAUGCAUAUGCUACCCAAGUUUAAUUUGGUAGCUCAGAGAUCUUUCUGCCUCAGACAGCUCUUGAAUUGCUCAUACAAAACAAUUCUGCUGGUGCUGGAGGCUGAAGAAUCCUUUUAUUUGCGUUUUAGUGGUUGGGGAGAUGGUAAAAGGUUUAUGGAACAUGUGUUAUUAUAUAAACUGGAUGUAGCACCUUCUUGAAGAGGAAGUUCUGCUGCCUUAUGUGCAACAUUGUACCCUGUGCUGGAGUGUUAAUCAGAGAAAUCCUCAUUAAUUAAAGGUCAUAAUGGCUCCCAGAGAGGUAGCAGGAAAUUUCUCCUUAGUGAGAGCUGAAUCCUUGACUAGCUAAGAAGCUAUUUCCUGCUUCUCACCCACCCUGAGCUUCCCCUCCUGUUUAACCACAUCUGGGUUGAGUGUGGGAUGUCCUAAUUUAGCAUAAAAAAUACAGUGCAUUCCACAAAGCAGUUCAAGUUUGACUUUCUGAAAUUUUAGCAAAAUAACUGAUUGUUUUAAAUAACUGAACAUGUGUUUCUUAAAUACUGUUUUGAUAUUUUCUACCUCUUAUUAAGCACCAUAUUUUAGAUCUUGUGUAAAAAAUCUGACCAUCUGCCUUAUAGACAAAUGUAGAGAACUGAUGUUCUUCCUGUGUAUCGUUUGUGUUCUGAUAAAGCUUUAAGUGUCUUAUGCCUUUCUGACACUUUCUUCUUAUUCAUAUCUCUCAUGGAGUUUUGCAGCAAUCUCAAAUAAUACUGAUUAAAACUAUUAAAAGGGGAAAUUUUGUCAUUUUAAGUGUAUUUGAAACUACAGUAAUAUAAUUUGUGCAGUAGUUGUAUAAUCAAAGCAAUUCCAACUUCUGCUCAGAUUACAUUAAGACCAAAGCGUAAUUUUUAAGCCUUCUAUGCUAAUGUCAAUAACAAUCCUAUAGAAUAUCAAUAUAAUGAUAUGCUAAAGAUUUCUUCAGAAAACAUUUUUUUUUUUAGGUAUUUAAAGGAUCUCAGGACAUGGAAUGCUGCAAAUAAAGAGUAGAAUAAAAAAACAGAAAAAGAAUACAUAAUUUUUCAAUGUUACACCAAAUAACCAAUUGGACAGUAUUACAUUUUCAAAAUGUAGAGUUGUUUUAAGCGGAUCAGUAGGCUUUCAGAAUUUGCAAAUUUAAAAUACCACAUUUUAAACCAAUAAAUGACUCAUUACAUAUUGGAUUCGCUUAUUCCGUUUUAUUUAGACAUCAAGAUGAACACAAUGGGAAUAUCAUUUCCAUUUCUGAGCAGUUGUAUGACACAAUCAAAUUAUGUGGUAUGAUCUUUGUUCUUUUCUUUUAAAACAUCCAUCCAAAUACUGCUCACAGACCUGAGGAAGCAAGCUGCAACUCAAGGGAAAAACAAAUCUAGUUUUCACAGUGUGAGAGUAAAUGUAGAAUUUUAGCAGUAUUGCCUGUUGAAUAGGAUUACUCUAGAGGCUAACUCAAAACACAGAAAGCAAACAAAAAACCCACAGCCAGAAUGGAUGUAGUUUUGUCAUGCAAUGUUUGGAAAUUCUUUAAUUGUCCCGAUGCUGUAAUUUCAAUGGUUCUAAUACUUUAUCUUGGAAUCACAUGGAUAACUGGACCAAACAUCACCUAUACAGUCAUUUUAUGUGAGAAGGGAGGGGGUGUGGUUAAGUAAAAUAUAACACAGAACUGUGUGCAGUACAGUAACACCAUCUAUAGAGGGCUUUUCUGAAAUAUAAACAGCUCGGUGAUGCAUCCUGCUAUUAUAGCCUUAAAACUACCUUGAGGGGGAAAUGGCUUCUUUUUUCCUUGUUCCUAUUCUUAAUAGCACUCAUCUACCUAAUUUGUAUUGCAAGGACAUUUUAUAUUUUUAAGAUGAAGAACACAGAAACAUGGCAUUGGUUGGGAAGAAUUCAGGUAGAAUUUAAUUUUCUGGACUUGAUUAAAUUAUGACAGUCACUACACCAUUUGAAAUGCAUGUUUUAACCUUUAUUUUAUUCCCAACCCUACCCAAAUUUAUGGCAAAUUACAGAUAUUCUUGGAAAUGGGACUUUGUGCCAUCAGCCACAUUGUUCUGAUGUUCUGAUUGCUACUAUUGACUACCCCAAAUUUCAGGAAAUCCAUUUAGGAAUGAGUCAGUGGUCUCCAGUGUAGCAAGGGAGCAGAUCAGUUCCCUCCUGGACCCCAAAGCAACCUAAGGAUGGUCAUUUCCUGAGUCAAAUGUGAUUUAAAAAAAAAAAAAUUUAUUGUAGUAAUACAUAUACUAUAUACUAUUUCCUAUUUUAACCACUUGUAGGUAUACAAUUCAGUGGUAUCAAUUGCUUUCAAAAUGUUGUGCUACCAUCCAUUACUAAUACGUGGUCAUCACCCAAAGCAGAAACUCUCUACCAAUUAACCAUUAACUCCCCAUUCUCACCUACCCCUGGCCCCUGGUAACCUGUAAUCUACUUUGUCUCUAUGAAUUUGCAUAUUCUAAUUGUUUCAUAUAAGUGAAAUCAUACAAUAUUUGUCCUUUUGUCUC